AUGAAGAUCCAAUUGGUAUCCAUUUUGGGGUAUCUCCUGGUGGGAUGUGCUGCCCUCUCCGGGGCCAGCUUUGUUCCUGCCACUACUCUGGGGGUUCCCGCUGCAGUGGCUCCCGCACUGGUGCCACCUCCCACCAGCUAUCAGUUUGUGGCACGCAAUUGGAAUCGUUUCUAUGUGCCAACAACCACUGGUGUGGCCACCUAUCACCCACCAGCCACAACGUACUACAAGUACAGUGGUGGCUAUCCAGCGUAUCCAGCAUAUCCUUCUGUCUAUCCGUCGGCCUAUCCCUCGGUCUAUCCUGCGGCAUAUCCCUAUGGCUAUGGCUAUUAUGGCCCCAACUAUAAUUAUGGCCAUGGCUACAAGAGUAUCUGGUGA